AUGGUACAAACGAGAUCGGCGGAGACGACUGUUGACGACGACAACGUUAUAGCGCAGCCCGCCGCUGAGCCAGUUCCAGAUACAGCUUCUACCCAAGCGACCUCAACUGUUGGUUCUUCCGCCGAAGAUGUUACACCUAUGAGCACAGACGAUGCCGUCGCUGCAGGCGAACAAGCCGGUUCAUGGAAAGGCUGGGCAAUCCUCGAAAAUGAUCCGGUUAUUUUUACUACACUUUUGCGGGAGUGGGGUGUUCCAAACGUCCAAGUCCACGAGAUUGUCCCUCUUGAUAGCUUGUUUGAUCACGCUCCAGAGAGCGUGUAUGGUCUGAUAUUCCUGUCGCGUUGGACGCCCACAGACACUGUCAACAGCAUCACCGAGCCACCACACGGUGUGUGGUUUGCUAACCAGAUCUCUGAUUUUUCGUGCGCCACGGUUGCGCUUAUGAACAUCAUUAACAACCGAAUGGACCUCGACCUUGGACACAAGUUGAACGAGUUCCGAGCGCAAACUUUGAACAUGACCCCAAAAGAUCGUGGAAUUGCCCUGGACCGGUUCGACCAUGUUAGGGAUGUCCACAAUUCGUUUGCCACUGACAUCGACAAGAUGAACGUCGACUUGCGACUCAAGUAUGAUGCCAUGGCGGCUGAAAAGAAGAAGAAGGCCGCCACGACCCGGCGGCCUCGCAAGAGACUUCGGGAGGAUGAAGAUCUUGAGGAUGACGAUGUUGGAUUUCACUUUGUUGCGUAUGUCCCAGCAGAGGGCGCCGUUUGGAAAAUGGACGGCCUAGAAAGACUCCCUAGAGAGGUAGGGAGGCUUUCGGACGGAGACAGCUGGGUCUCGAUGGUACUGCCUGAGCUCCAGGCUCAAUGGGAAUCAGCGGCGUCCGGUGCCUUGGAGUUUUCCCUGCUGGCAUUGACGGCGAUGACGGACUCGUCCAGCGUGGACAAGGACCGAGCCAAGAUGGAGCGGGCGAGAGAAGACUGGGGGCCGUUGAUUGCCCAUCUGCUGCGCCUCCAUGCAGAGAGGGGUGACCUGAGGGAAGCGCUAGAGUAG